AUGAAGCCUGCUGUACUUCUCACAGCUGCUUUACAGCUAGCUUUUGUGGUUUCAACGCCCAUACCGACUAGUACAUCCGAUGGAAGAGAUAUCGCAGUGGUCGAGAAAAACGUCGAGCACCAGAUGGAACGAGAACCGGUAAUCGAUCUCAUUUCAACGGAUGAGCUUGAAAAACGUGCCCCCUUCCUCUUGUCUGCAGCUUGUGUCAGUAACAUCGCCUGUACCACAGGCAUUGCGGGAAACCUGGGUUAUCGAGGGAACCCAAUUAGAAGAGGAACAUUUACAGGCCCACUGUGGGGUUUAUUUCAAGUUUGUCGGAGUGGCUGCGCAAGCGUAUGCAGUGCACAAAUCACUGGCAGCGUUUAUGUGGAGGGGUCAGUGCAGCAGGUCACGCAGACCGAGCAGGCUUGGAUUUCUGACAUCGUACUGGGACAAACGCCAUAUAGGGAUUCAUCGUAUUCAGAAGAGUAG